AAGAGUUCAGAGCUUCCAGGAAGUAGAAAGAGAAAAACUCAGUUGCUUGAGAGAGCAGUACUUCAGAAGUGCAUGGCAUGUCACGGACGGCAGGCCUCUCUAGGUUUCACCACUCCUCUCCACCAUGAUCAACACUUAUCAGACCAGCCUAGCUGCACCACCAGUGCCUCCGCGCCUCAGCAGGUCCCACCCGGUCCUCAUCCCGGCUCCACUUCCAUCACAAGGCCACAGCAAGUCGCUCAUCCGGUUUUUGGUUGGUGUAGUGUUGCUGCAUUUAUUUCUGUCGGUUGGAGGAUUCAUCUAUCUGUACCACUAUGGCAAACUGGGAGACGUUCCCUCAGAUGAUGGAAAAGCUGCUUUUCUCUCAUCAGCCAAGCAAGAAACAUCCCAUAGAGCGGCGGCACGCAUGCUAGUUGACAAAUCAAGCAAAUCAAAGAAAUCUGCCGAGGGUUAUCUCCAGUGGGCCAUCGACCACUCGAUACUUAGGAACAUCAACUACUACCGCAACAGUUGGUUGACGAUCCUGGAGACUGGUGACUACUAUGUCUACUCCAGGGUGACCUUCUCCAAGGGUGACUCUAAGGUCCCACUGACCAGCAUUAUCAAGCUGAGGAAGACAGAGACAGGAGAGGAGAAGGACGUGAUGCAGGGCUACUGCAAUCUGGACGACCACCGUGGGUCUCCGCCAGUCCCACGCCUGUGCACAGUCACGCAGGUAGAUGUGAUUACACUGGAGAAAGGACACCAGCUCAGUGUCUGGGUACACGACCUCUCACUGGUGGACUACAAGGAUGGUGCAACAACCUUUGGGAUGUAUAAACUGUAGGAGUCCUAUAUCAGCACAUACAUGGACCUAAGCUGAAGAGUGGGAACUCAUUAGGUGGAUGGAAGCUACUGAGAACACUUAUAAAUGGACUGGAAACUAAUGCUUUCUUUUGAUUUUUUUUUUGUGGAUUUCAGAAGACCACAUUCCUAAACUAUAAUUUAUUAAAUCACAUAUCAUUUUGUUAUUGCUUUGGCAGUAUUGUGAAUGGUUGUUCUGUAUUUAUUGAUGUAAAUGGAGUUGUAUGGCUGUGAAAUGAAACUUUGAUAUUUAAUCUAAAAUAUUUCUUCUCUUUAUGUUUUUCUUGCAUUAGCCCCAUUUCAGGAGUUAGUUAGAAAUAAAGAAGAUAAACACAUUAGACUAAAAAAUCCAGACUGAAACAAAAAUGUGUUCAGAGUUGGGUUACACAGCUCUACUGUGUGCAUGUCCCAGUUUGGAUAAUUUCUGCAUGAAAAUGCAGAAUAUUUUAAAAUGGUGUAAAGGAAAGAUGUGCAUUUUAGUCCUAAAAAAAAUCGUAAUUAGUAAUUCUGACUCCAGAUGUUUUGAGUCAGAAUUACUCUGGUGACCAGGUGAACUUUAACAAGUUAAAAGUACCCAGAUUCAUCACCAGUAUUAACACAGCAAAGUUCUCUUCUGGCAAACCCAAAACGAUCCUCCAUGGGCUACUCAGAAAUCAAACUUUUUCCUAUUUGUUGUAAAGCGCAAAACCUACUGCAUUUUGCAAUCUAGCGCAGUCUACACCACUAUGGUUUUCAAUUUCUAGAUCACAAGAAACCACAUAGCUAAAAUGCAUUUUCUCAUAAUGCUAAGCCACAAGAAACUGGACCACUGAAGAUGCAGGUUACCACUAAAGAUGGUCUGUAAUGAAAAUAAUUUUGAUAGCGAAGAAACUAAAAAUAAAAACUGACUGAUGUUUUCAGUGGUAAAAGAUUAUCGUCUUUGUGUGAAGCAAAUUCAGUGUCAACAUCGGAUUAUUUAAGGACCACACCUUAAUUAACUCCUUAAUCACAAAUCAUGUACAUUUUAUUUUCCUGCUGAAAUUUUUUCAAAGCAUGCUGCAGAAUUUCCACUUGAAUUUUAAUGUCCUUUCCAGGCAGCUAUUGUUUCCUAUUCAUUUCCAACGUGGUAUAUGAAUCGUAUGUUAAACUCUUGAAACUUUGUUGAAAAUAUAGGCACUACCUCACAACGACAAUAAAACUUUGACACAAAUGAUUGUAGACUAUUCACUAUGAUAGGUUACACAGCUCUCAGUCUGCCAUUUGAUGUUUAUACUGAAUAAAAUUUAAUUUAGACCAA